ACAGCAUUCACCACUCUCAAAGGCGAGCUUAUCAUUCUCAGAUCCACGCGCAUUCUGCUAUCAUUCUCGGAUUACUUACGCGCUGGCGACCACAAAUCUGAAGUUUCCCGAGCCCCCCGCCGUUACCACGUUCCUCUACCGCCGUCUAUCGCGAAAUACCACCUUCGAGCCGUCAGGUCCCAAGUACAAUAUAGUGGGAGCGCAGUGAGGUCUACAAUAUGUCGGGCCCCCCGCCCGGGCCCGGACCCGCAAGAAACAUGAGCGUUGGGACGGGGCCGCCCAACGCGGGCAUACCACCACAACACACUCCGAUGCCUCCGCAGCCGAGCGCGGUGCCCCCUCCAGCUGGAGCGCAGACGGGUGCGCAGACCCAGCAGAACCUCAAUCAAAUCGUGCUGGAGUAUCUCAGCAAGAAGGGCUAUCAUAAGACGGAGGCUAUGCUCCGCAAGGAGUCCGAUCAGCAGCAAACACCAACUGGAGGUCCUGCUGUUUCGAGAGAUGCGGAUGCUGGCGCACCAAAGUACAAGAAAUCGUUUGAGUUGCUGCAGAAAUAUAUCAGUGACAGCUUGGAGCUGUACCAACCCGAGUUGAAAAAGCUAUUAUGGCCGGUGUUCGUGUACUCCUUCUUGGGCCUUCUACGGGACUACUUCAUCCGAGACGCGGAAACAUUCUUUGGUACAUAUCGACACAUGUUCGAACGUGAUCAUGAAGACGACGUCAACACACUGGGCGCGAUUCGGUUGCCUCAACACCUGAAGGACAGCCGCGUAGCCAAGCUGUACCUGGAGAACAAGUACCGUGUCACCCUUACGGCAAUGCCAUUCUACAAUCUCGUCAUGUUCCUGGAGAAGUACGUCUACGAGGGUGGGCAGACCAUUAUGGACAUAAUCAGAGAACAUAUGAUGUUGGUCACGGUCGAUCGCGCUGUGGAGAGCGAAAAGAGCCUUCGCGCCAUUAUGGAUGCGAAGGAAGAUGAUGGGCUCCCUGCGGAAGACGAAGGUAUCCCGGGACAUAAUCCUGGCCAUCCCAUGACCCAACGGCACGAUCCGGACGCGCAGGCUGCGCGUAUCAAGCUGCAGCUAGGGCCAUACCCGCAAGAUCAAGACCUCAUUGAUGAUGUGCGCGCCACGCUUCAAGAUGAAGAUGCGAAGAAUCCUCCGAAGCCAGGCCAGAACAGUCUCGUCGAGGAGUUUGAGCAGCGAAUCAAGCGCGAGCCCAUGGAGGAUGGCCCCUCCCGAGAUCUGAUCCCUCUACCUCCUUCUCUCGCUAGAGACGUGUCAAUGGAAGUGCAGAAGAUUAUCGAGCACCGAGACCGCUACAAGAUUGAAGGCAGAACAGGCGGUGUCGGUCCCGGCGUGAGCGUCACUAUGUACACCUUCCACAACACAUUCGACAGCGUAAAUUGCAUAGAUUUCUCAGGAGACAAUAAGCUCGUUGCUGCCGGAAUGGCGGAGUCAUAUAUCCGGGUUUGGUCGCUUGAUGGUGAACCGCUUCUCUCCUCAAUCCCCGAGCAUAACAACCAGCCUUCUUCCUCUCGCCGUCUUGUUGGUCAUGCGGGACCAGUCUUCGCGGUCGCUUUCUCCCCUGCUACAGUCAAUCCCGAUCCGGAAGGGCCACCUACCAACGCUCAAUUCCUAUUAUCGUGCUCCGAGGACAAGACCGUUCGACUCUGGUCACUUGAUACUUGGUCGUGUCUCGUGGCAUACCGCGGUCAUGACAACCCCGUAUGGGACGUCAAGUGGGGACCCCAUGGACACUACUUCUUAACGGGUUCCAACGACCGCACUGCCCGCCUCUGGGCAACGGACCACAUCGAACCUCUGAGAAUCUACGUAGGCCACGACAACGACGUCGACUGCGUGGCCUUCCACCCCAACAACCUCUACGUCUUCACCGGCUCCUGCGACAGGACCGUCCGCAUGUGGCACACUUCGGGCGGAAACUGUCUGCGUCUCUUCACCGGUCACACGGGCAAUGUCACAGCAAUUGCAUGUUCGCCCGAUGGCAGAACGCUCGCUAGCGCAGACGAUCAGGGUUCCAUCAUCCUGUGGACUCUUGAAACCGGUCGCAGAAAGAAGCGCAUGCGUGGUCACGGUAAAGGCGGAAUAUGGUCUCUAUCCUGGAGCGUCGAGUCGACCGUCCUCGUCUCCGCCGGCGCCGAUAAAACCGUCCGUGUAUGGGAUGUUCUACAGGAAACAUCCGACUCUACGGGUGCCAGCAAAGCAGCUGAUGGCGUAGGAGGGCCCAAGGCAGACGGCACGCUGGCCGCUAAGGGCGCGUCGGCGGGGGUCGCGGCUGCUGGUGGAGGAGCGGGGAAGAAGAGCCAGAAGGAGACGGGCGUGAGUGUGGAUCAGAUUAGCGCAUUUCCGACGAAGGAUAGUCCGGUGUAUAAGGUUGUGUUUACGAGGAUGAAUUUGGUGCUGGCCGGGAGUGCGUAUUUGCCGCCUGUACCCAAAGUCUAGGAGGCGGAAAUGCCAACUGGAGUUUGGUGUUUUGGUUUUGGGGUGGUACGACUUGACGCUUUCUGCGUGCGAAGCUUUUGGGAAGUGGAAUAUCGUGCUCAGACAUUUCUCUAAAAUCAUAUUUGGAGUGCAUAUCUGCUUGCUACCUAGACAAACUGGCUUAUCUGA